UAUCUCGUACCUCAGGUCGAAAGGAUUGUAGACAAGAGGAAGAACAAGAAAGGAAAAUGGGAGUAUCUCAUCCGAUGGAAAGGCUACGGCAGCACGGAGGACACGUGGGAGCCCGAGCACCAUCUGUUGCACUGUGAGGAGUUUAUCGACGAAUUCAACGGGCUGCACGUGUCCAAGGACAAAAGGAUCAAGUCAGGGAAGCAGGCCAGCACCUCCAAGCUCCUGCGUGACGGCCGAGGCCCGUCGGUUGAGAAACUCUCCCACAGACCUUCAGAGUCCGGGAAGAGCAAAGGGACUUCCCAUAAACGGAAGCGGAUCAACCCUGCCCUGUCCAAGCCGAAGAAAGGGUAUUCGGCCAAGCCCCCCGCAGGAGGUGACAGGGCCGCCAAGACGGUGUCUUACAGGACUACCCCCAGUGGUUUGCAAAUAAUGCCGCUGAAAAAGGCGCAGAAUGGGAUGGAAAAUGGGGACGCCGGUUCCGAGAAGGACGAGAGGCACUUUGGAAACGGCUCCCAUCAGCCUGGCUUGGAUUUGAACGACGUCGGAGAGCAAGACCUGGCGGAGUGUGGUGUGAACCACGCGGCACCGGCAGAGAACGGGCUCGGCUCUGCUCUGACCAACGGGGGAUUGAACUUGCACAGCCCCGUGAAGAGGAAGCUGGAAGCAGAGAAGGACUAUGUCUUUGACAAGAGGCUCAGGUACAGCGUCCGCCAGAACGAAAGCAACUGUAGGUUUCGGGACAUUGUCGUGCGGAAGGAAGAGGGGUUCACACACAUCCUGCUGUCCAGCCAGACCUCGGACAACAACGCGCUGACCCCUGAGAUUAUGAAGGAGGUCCGGCGAGCGCUGUGCAACGCGGCCACGGACGACAGCAAACUGCUGCUUCUCAGUGCAGUGGGCAGCGUAUUCUGCAGCGGCCUAGAUUACUCCUACCUAAUUGGCCGGUUGUCCAGUGACAGGAGAAAGGAGAGUACCCGGAUUGCAGAAGCCAUCAGGGACUUUGUGAAGGCCUUUAUCCAGUUUAAGAAGCCUAUCGUGGUCGCCAUCAACGGGCCUGCCCUGGGCCUCGGUGCCUCCAUCCUGCCCCUCUGCGACAUCGUGUGGGCCAGCGAGAAGGCCUGGUUUCAGACCCCGUAUGCCACCAUCCGCCUCACGCCCGCUGGCUGCUCCUCAUACACCUUCCCUCAGAUCCUGGGCGUCGCACUGGCCAAUGAGAUGCUCUUCUGUGGACGGAAGCUCACUGCCCAGGAGGCGUGCAGCAGGGGACUUGUGUCCCAGGUCUUCUGGCCAACCACGUUCAGCCAGGAGGUCAUGUUGCGGGUCAAGGAGAUGGCAUCCUGCAGCGCAGUGGUGUUGGAGGAGUCGAAAUGCCUCGUUCGGAGCUUCCUGAAAUCUGUGCUCGAAGACGUGAACGAGAAAGAAUGCCUCAUGCUCAAGCAGCUCUGGAGUUCUUCCAAGGGCCUGGAUUCCCUGUUCAGCUACCUGCAGGACAAAAUUUACGAAGUCUGAGGAGCCCCCGGCCACUCGCCCCCAUGCUCGAGGGCACCUGACUUCCAGCUUUGCGCCGUGCCUCGGAGAUCGGAGCACAGAGUGUGCUGGCUGAGGGGUCCGUCAAGGUGUCUCUCUCGUGUCCAUUUCCUCCUGUCCUUUGGUUGUUCUGCAUUGGUUUGAUUUUGUAUAACAGAUGGGAAACUCAGCAUACUUGGCCUCCCCCAGGCCCUCCCCCCACCCGUCCUUCCACUGGCUAGAGAGCUAUCGAGGGCUAUAUCUUCCCAGGCCUCUGCCAGUCGGUCCCCACUCGCCGAAAUGCACCACCCUGGUCCAGGAAGGGGAAGACCGGUCUCCCCCUUCCUUCUGACUCAGGCUGCGUCUACACAGUGCCUCUGCUUUGGAGACUUGGCUGUAUGGCUCUCUCCGGUUAAGUGCAGAUCCGGUGACAGGGGACGGUCCAUCUUAGGGAAUUUCCAGACCGAUGAGCGAAAACAGUUGUGUAGAGCCAGCCUCACUGUUCUCUCUGAUGCGAAUCUGUGUGACUUUUAGGGCUUGGUCUUAAAACCCAGUUGAGCGAUUUGCAAACCCAGAUGUUGUACGUUUAGGAAUGUUUUGUUAAAUAUAUAUUUUUAAAACAAUGUAAGUGGAAAUUCUGAUAAUUUAUGUGUAUUAUAUGUAAAGCUAGUUUUACAAAAACAUGAACUACUAGGAAAAAUUGUUUUUCUUUAAUCAACCUUAUUUAAUUUAUUUAUUUUUGUCUAUGUAUUAUGAUAUCUGUUGUGGACACAGAUAUUAUUUUCAUACUGCCCUGGACCAAAUCCCAUACGAGGUUCAUGCCGUUUGGUGCAUUCUAGCAAUGAACCACGCAGAAUUAAAAUUCAGAGAGAUGUAAGUGAAAGGAUCCCUGUGGGUAGAAGGAAUAGCUUUGCAGAUCCUCGUCACAUAAAAUGGUUCUCAGCUGUAAUAAUUGCAUACUUGUUGUUGGGAGAAAUUAUGGGAGAGUUUUUUUCUUCACUCUGCUGCCUUGAAGGAGAUAAAGGGGCCUCCAGCCUGAAUGGUACUGAGACAGACCCAGUCCCUAAUUUGUGACGUCCCGAAGAGCUGAUCGGCCCUGCCUAGGGAUUGCAUGUUGUCUAGAGGGAGUCUUUUUUCUUUGGGGCAAACGAUGGAGCUUAGACUUCAGAGUCCAUUUCUUCCGUGUGGACGGCAGUGUCUGGUUCUGGCCGUCCAGGGAGGUGGGGAGCAGCUCCCACUCUGUUGAGCUGUCGGUGGGUCUGAAUCAUUUACUUACAUCAGGGAGAAAUAACCAGGGAUGAGGUCUCCUGUCCCAGGGUCCCUGGGCUGCAUGGGGACCCCAGCAUCUGAAUUUAGACCAUCGGCCCAAAGUCCAUGGAUCAGCUACAGAGAAGUGGUUAAGACCUUGAGUUUGGAGCGGGAUAGGAGGGUGUUCUGCGCGAGACUUAAACCUUCUGUGGGUCAGUUAGAUUCUCAGAAUGGUGGGAUUUUUCCAUGUCCGUGACGACCCCUGGGUAUUCUCAGAGGCCCCCCGGCUUGCCUCAUCUUUUCUUUCCCUCUGUGAUCACCCGCCUGUCUCAGCCCUCGUUGGACACAGUGAGUGGAACCGUGAGUGUCGGGCACCAUGGAGGAAGGGGAGGCAGGUUGAAAACAGGGAGGGCCUGCUACAGUUUCCUGUCUCCUUCUGGCCCUUUCUCUUUUAAAGGUGAGCAGAUACAAUGGGAGGGGAUUCACGGCCCCGAGCUUUGUGUUUUAAGAACACGUUGAGCGUCUACACUAUGGCUAGAGACAUGGUCUUGUAGAUGGUGCGUGUGGAGUUCAUCUGGACGCGAUCCUUACAAUGGCCAUGGUUCCCUCUAUAGACAGCCUCUCUCCUUUUGAGUUGCCCAUGACCUCAGGAGGGUCAGGGAAGAGGAAGCCUCUUGCCUUCCCCUCCCUUCUUCUCCUGUCUCUGCUUGGUCCCCGUGGGAUCCUGCAGGAACCACAGACCUAGGCCAUAAGGGAUUACCCUAGGGAAACAGCCGCUUUUGCCCAGAUGCCUGCUGUCCCAUCUCCACUUGGGUCUGUCUCUUCCUCUGGGAAACCAAAUGUAUGCUUUCCCCAAGCCCCUGGACAGACAUCGUUCCCGUGUGUUGUGCGGAUAAUCUCUUCACCACUGCUAAAUCCUCUGAAGAAAGAGCCCCGUGCUUUCUGUGUACUUUCUGGGGGCAGAUGGGUUUCUGUCUAUAGAAGCAGUGUCUGGAUUCUUGUUAGGGUUGGCAGAGGAUGUUUGGAAGUUCCUUUGGAUCAAUGUCCACCUCUCUUCUCUGCUGAAAGAACAUGAAAUCCUGUAGCUUUAGACAUAUCACAGAUCCAAACUUCUGAACAUUUGAAAGAUCUCUGAUGAUAAGGAAAGAAUAUGAAACCGUUACUCAGGUAGAUUUCCUGGCCGUCAGUUUGUCGGUUCUGGGUACCACAGGAGGUGUCUUAAAAGACGGUCUGUGUUUUGGUUGUUUCUAUACAGUCUAUUCGAGGAGGAUGUUCUACCAAUUGGGCAGAAGUAGGUUAAAUCUGUUUGCUGUGGGGUAGACCGCAUGGCUGAAUUCUCCACUUUCUGGAUGGUUGUUUUGAUACUAUGAAGAUGAAAUCGAGGUAACUUUUAGCAAUUUGACCUGGGAUGGAAAAUGCCAGAGCUGUGGAUGUGUCAGGGUUUAUCCUAACAGCUUUCUCGAG